GCGGGGUUGGCAUGGCUGUGUUGGGUCGGCCCGCUUCGCUCGAGGCGGCUCAGUCAAUCAGUCGAGCUGCUGGAGAGAGAUAGAUUGAUUGGAUGUCGCGUGUCGAGAAGACAGAGCACGGCUGCUGCUUAAGAGUCCCUCUUGCCGCUGCCUCUCAGGUUCAAGCAACGGAGAAUCCCGACAGCAGGAGAAACACCCGCGGCAACAGCACCGCCAUGCCCGCUCUGAGUGAAAAUGUGCUUUUUGGAAUGGGAAAUCCUCUUCUGGAUAUCUGUGCAGUUGUGGACAAGGACUUCCUUGACAAAUAUGGGCUGAAAGCAAAUGACCAGAUCUUGGCAGAGGAGACACACAAAGAGCUAUUUGAAGAACUUGUGAAAAAGUUCAAAGUAGAAUACCAUGCUGGUGGAUCUACUCAGAAUUCCAUUAAAGUGGCCCAGCACAGCAAAACCAGGACAUCUCCACCUCCUUUAUGGGACUCCAUGGUUUGGAUUCUGACAUGUCAAACUGCUACAAUGAGAGUUAAAAUGUAUAGUCUCCAUGAAAAAUGGACUGCCUUCAAGUUGUUUCCGACUGAUGGUGACCCUAUGAACAGGGUUUUCAUGUGGAUGAUCCAGACCCCUUACAAAGCUGCAACAUUUUUUGGAUGCAUUGGAACAGAUAAAUUUGGUGCAAUCCUAAAGAAGAAAACUGAAGAAGCUCACGUGGAUGCUCAUUACUAUGAGCAGAGUGAAGAGCCGACUGGAACCUGUGCUGCCUGCAUCACAAGUGACAACAGGUCUCUUGUUGCUAACCUGGCUGCUGCUAAUUGUUAUAAGAAGGAAAAGCAUCUUGAUAUGGAAAAGAACUGGAACUUGGUGGAAAAGGCUAGAGUUUAUUAUAUUGCAGGUUUCUUUUUGACAGUAUCACCAGAAUCUGUACUGAAAGUGGCCUCUCAGGCUUCUGCAGACAACAAGAUCUUCAGUUUGAAUCUUUCUGCACCAUUUAUUAGCCAGUUUUACAAAGAACCAAUGAUGAAAGUAAUGCCUUUCGUUGACAUACUAUUUGGGAAUGAAACGGAAGCUGCCACUUUUGCUGGAGAGCAAGGCUUUGAGACUGAAGACAUUAAAGAGAUAGCCCGGAAGGCACAAGCCUUGCCAAAAGCGAACCUUAAAAGACAGCGAAUUGUCGUAUUCACCCAAGGGAAGGAUGACACUAUUAUGGCCACAGGAAGUGAAGUAAGAGCUUUCCCAGUUUUAAUUAGUGACCAAAGUGAGAUUGUUGAUACGAAUGGAGCCGGAGAUGCAUUUGUGGGAGGUUUCCUCUCGCAGCUUGUCUAUGACCGACCGCUGACUGAGUGCAUCCGUGCUGGACACUAUGCUGCCAGCGUCAUCAUAAAGCGUUCUGGCUGCACCUUCCCAGAGAAGCCUGACUUCCACUGAUACUGGACAACUCAAGGGAUCAAGAGGAGACACCCCCUACCUCCCCCCCCCAAUUUUCUCCGUUCCCCAGUUACCCUGCAUUGAGGCUUCUGUACUUCAAUUCACUGUUACUUUUCACACAUCUCUGUUUUGAUGUCCUUUUCCUGUCUCCAACGCAACAGUGUCUUGCAUGUUUUACAUUGAGAGGCUGGGCUCUGUUCAGCUUGGCACUUUGUAUCAUUCGUACAGUUUUUGGAGCAACACUGUAUGAAAGCACUGUCACUGCUUAGCUAUGGUGUAAACUCUUCUAGUAUAUUCCUCCAAUAUACGCAGUCCUGACCAAUCCUCCUCACCUCAACCAGGUGAGAAAUCAUCAAAAACUUUAAUUGGUGUAAGACUGAAUUAACAGCAAUGCACUGCUGUGGGGAAUUGUAUCCUCUUUGCUCCUAUGUGUGCUAGAUUCAGACAUACACAGCAGGCUUCAUCCUGCUUCCACUGCAUUAAAUAGAAAUUUGCCCAUGAUUCAUGGAGCUGACCCAAGAUUGUGUGGUCCAGAGCAAUCUUGCUGGCUUUAGGAGAAGGCUCCCACGUGAGGGCAGGAGCUUGAGGAUUAGGGCAGGGUGGGCUGGUCUUAUUUCUUCCAGGGCAGGAUCAGGAUAUCCUUAUGAUAUAAAUAAAGCCCAUAACAGGAUAUUCUCUUGUUCUGUGCUUGAAGGUUGCAUCUCAAAGUAGAUAUAUGUGUGUGUGUGUGAAAAUGAAGUACAGAAAUAUUCAUGCAGGUUGUCUCAUCAGGAUAUGCCAAAAUGGAAUAUUUUUAUUGCAACGCACAGUUUUAAGACAAUAAUGUACUUCAAAUAAUUGAGAGAUCUUCUUUAUUUGUAUUACAGUAUUCAAGAGCGACAUUCUAAAAAUGCCAUUCAUUACUUUACUAUGUAAUUUGAUACUGAUAAAUAAAACAAUUGUGAUA